CCCCCGUUCCUCUUUCCUCUCCCCUGCAACAGGAAGACACCGCAGAGACUUGGAGCUUCCUCCGGACUCAGCCAAUCAAAUGCACCCGGACAGUAAACUGACCAAUCAUGGAAAGACAGGUAACAGCAGCGGCCAGCCCCAGCCCCACAAUGUGAGCCAAGGCCCCACCUGCAGCCUGGGCACCAAGGGCGUAGGGGCAGGGAGCCAUGGGGGCAAAGUGGGGCAGCCCCCUCCUGGCAGCUCUGGACUGAAACCCACCCAGGCGCCCCUCCCCGUCUUUGGGGCCGUGAAGGGCAAAGUGAAGCGGGAGCGCAGUGUUUCCGUGGACUCUGCAGAGCGGCGAGAAGGUCACGCAGCCUCCCUGGACAAGGAGCUGAAAGGGGAAGUGGCUCCCCGGAGCAAGCGGCGCUGCGUGCUGGAGAGGAAGCAGCCCUACAGUGGGGACGAGUGGUGCUCCGGCCCCGACAGCGAGGAUGAGGAGAAGGCGCUUGGCGGCCCCCACAAUUGUAAUGUAGUGGAGUCGGCGAUGACCGCAGCCUCGCAGCUGGGCCCAGGGUCCAAUCCGCUGCCAGCCCUGAGUGAGAACAAUGCAUCCGGCACCCCUCCCACUUCGGCCCCCAGCCUGCGGCCCGAGACGGGGAGUGGGGGUGGGAAGCAGCCCCUGCAGGUGGUCUACGUCUUCACCACCCACCUGGCCAACACGGCUGCGGAUGCCGUACUUCAGGGCCGAGCGGACUCCAUUCUCGGCUACCACCAGCAGCACGUUCCCCGGGCCAAGCUGGACCAGGUCCCUGCCUCCAAGAUGGCCGCAGUGCCGGAGCCGCUGCCCUUGAGCCCCUCUCCCGCCAGCACCCCCCAGUCUCAGACCGCCGCGCCACCCAGCAGCCAAGCUCAAGGGCCGCCUCCGCCUCAUGCCCCACCCCCCCAGCCUCCGGCUCCUGCCCCACUGGGCCUUGGCCAAGGACCGCUGCCCUCCACGAACGCCCUGCCUCCAGAGGGGGCAGCUGCCGCUGACGACACCCGGAGAGACCUCACCCCCAACUCGGUGGGCAAUGGCGGCGGCAGCAGCACAGCCCCCAGCAGCACCCAUCCCAACACCCCCACGGCCGGGAGUGCUGCAGAUGGCCUGCUUGGGGAAGGAGCCCCACCCGGCCCCCCCUCUGCAGGGAAUGGCCCCCGCCACCCGCUGAACACCGAAGGCCUCUCCAAGGAGCAGCUGGAGCACCGAGAGCGGUCGCUACAGACCCUGCGGGACAUCGAACGCCUGCUCCUGCGCAGCACCGAGGCCGAGCCCUUCCUCAAGGGGGGGGCCCAGGGGCCGAGCGAGGGAGGAGGCCUUCUGCUGCCCCAGGCCCCUCCCCCCCAGCCGCCAGCCCCCCCCGCCAGCUCCAGCAUGAAGAAGUACGAAGAGCCGCCUCUGCAGUCCAUGAUCUCGCAGACCCAGAGCCUGGGGGGGCCGGGCUUGGAGCCAGAGGGGGCCGUGCCCCCCGGGGUCGACAUGGGCCAGCAGAUGAACCUGAUGAUGCAGCGGCUGGGCCAGGACAGCCUGACACCGGAGCAGGUGGCCUGGCGCAAGCUGCAGGAGGAGUACUACGAGGAGAAGCGCCGCAAAGAGGAGCAGGUCGGCAUCCACGGGGGCCGGCCCUUACCGGAGAUGCUGCUGCCGCCGCCCCCGCCGCCACAGGCCAUGAGCGGCAUGAUGCUGCGGGGGCCUCCCCCGCCCUACCACAGCAAGCCCGGGGAGCAGUGGCUGCUGCGUGGCAUGCCCGUGGACCCUCUGCCCGACCCCAUGCAGAUGCGGGCCCCCUUUGCCGGAGCACGCUUCCCCGGAGGCGGCGGCCAGAUGCAGCGGGGCUUUGGGGGGAUGCAGGCUGUGGCCCCCCUUGAGCCCCUGAGCGCCAUGCAGCGCCCGGCAAGGCCCGCCCUGGCCUGGAGCGAGGAGAUGCCCCUGGGCGGCCCUGGGAACUUUGCCCCCGGGAACCUGCCUUACCCGCCAGGGCAGGGCGAGGCCGAGCGCUUCCUCACCCCCCGGGUGCGGGAAGAGAUGCUGCGGCAGCAGCAGCAGCUGCUGGAGAAACGGCAGGGCGGGAUGCAGCGGCCGCUCGGCAUGGAGAUGGAGCGCCUGCUGCAGGCCCAUCGGCAGGUGGAGCCCGGCCUCUUUGCAGGGGAGGCGCUGGGCCUGGAGUUUGGGGGGGCGCGGGCAGUGCUGAGCCCCCCCCUGCGGGAGCUGGAGGCCUCCUUGGGGCCCGGCAACCUCAACAUGAACAUGAACCUCAACAUGAACAUGAACUUGAAUGUGCAGAUGGCGCCGCAGCAGCAGCAGCAGCAGAUGUUGAUGUCGCAGAAGCUGGUGCCCGCGGAGGAGGUGGCUCGGGCACGUGCGCCCAGCGGCAACGGAGCCAUGGUGGGGACCCCCCACAAGAUGCUGAUGGGCUCGCCGUUCCCUGGGCAAGGGCAGCAGCAGGGCCAGGGCCCCUACCCAGCCGUGUCGCAGGAGAUGGGAAGCGCGCCAGAGAUGUUUGGGACCACCCGGCUCAGCCACAUCCCCCUGCCCCCCACCACCCACGCCCCCUCUGCACACGUGCCCCAAGCCCCCACUAGGGGCCUCGGCCGGCGCCCUUCGGACCUGGCCCUCAACAUGGGGCAGAUGAACUCUCCCGGCGUGGGUCGCCUGAAGUCCCCGACGCUCAGCCAGGUGCACUCCCCACUGGGCAACUCCCCUUCUUCCAACCUGAAGUCCCCCCAGACGCCCUCGGCUAUGGUCAGCCUGCCAGCUGCCGGUGCCCCCAGCGGGGGGCCACUCAAGUCCCCUCAGGUGCUCAGCUCUGUGCUCAACGUCCGCUCCCCCACCAGCUCUCCCGGCCACCUCAAGUCGCCAUCCAUGGCCGCAUCCUCACCAGGCUGGGCACCAUCGCCCAAAAAUGCCCUCUCCAGCCCUGGCAUUGGGCAGAGCAAGCCAGCCCUCGGACUGAGCAACUCUGCACCCCUGGGCAACAUCGAGCAAGACCCGCCCCCGUCCCAGAACCCCCUCUCGCUCAUGAUGAGCCAGAUGUCCAAGUACGCCAUGCCCAGCUCCACCCCUCUCUACCACAACGCCAUCAAGACCAUCGCCACCUCUGAUGACGAGAUGCUGCCAGACCGGCCGAUGCUGCCGCCGGGGGGCAUGGCAGGCGUGGGAAGCACCCAGCCCAACCAGCUGCACAUGAACUCUGUGGGGGGGGCUGCCCCAGCACAGAGCCCGAUGGCCCUCAGCCUCCCCGGGCAGCAGCCGCUCUCCCAUGAGCCUCCGGCACCCAGCCUGGCCUCCCCAAGCCCACUGGGCCCCAACAUUCCCCUGCACAGCAGCGCUCCACCCCAGCCCGCACUGAUGCUGCCCCCCGGGGCCCAGGACCCGCUCGGCCAGUCGUGCGGCCCCCCCGGCCAGCUGGUGUUCCCCACUCGCCUCCAGCAGCCCCCCACCAAUGGGGGCGGCCUGCCUGGGGUGGGGGGGCCAGGUGUGCCGCAGCAGCAGCAGCACUACGCACCCGGCUUGGGGCUGCCCCCAGAGGAGCUGCCCCCACCGCAGCGCAUGGGGGGGAGGAUGCCCGAGCCCUACCCCCCCGCUGUACUCCCCGGCGUGGCUUCGGUGCUGAACGACCCCGAGCUGAGUGACGUCAUCCGCCCCACGCCCACCGGCAUCCCGGAGUUCGACCUGUCGCGCAUCAUCCCCUCCGAGAAACCCAGCAGCACUCUGCAGUACUUCCCAAAGGGCGACGGGCAGCCCCCCAAGGCACAGCCCCCCUCCAACCUCCACCUCAUGAACCUGCAGAACAUGAUGGUGGAGCAGGCCCCGGCUCGGCCCGGCCCCCAGGGCAUGCCCCGCUCCAUGGCCAUGUGCCACCCCGGACAGGUGCCCGUGCUGAGCAGGACAGGCCUGGCGCCCCAGCAAGCCAUGAUGGGCAACAGCAUGCACCAGGGCAUGAUGCUGCCCCAGCAGAGCCUGAUGGCCCAGCAGAACUUCCUGCUGAUGCAGGCCAAGCAGCGCAGCAUGUCCGUGUCGGGCGAGAUGUAUGCCCCCCCGGGCCACCUGCUCUCCCCCCAGGGCUCCCUCAUGGGCCCUCCCCCGCAGCAGAACCUCCUGGUCUCGCAUCCCAUGCGCCAGCGCAGCGUCUCCCUGGACAGCCAGAUGAGCUACGGGGGACCGGGAGCUGGCAGCAUGGCCAACCUGCCCUUCUGAGGACGCCAGUUGGGUUUGAACCAGCCCUGCGUGUGAAUCCUUCUUCCUUCCUUCCUCCCUCUCUGCUUUUCGUGAAGAGAAGCAGCCGACAUGUGCAAGAGGGAUCGGGAAAGCUGUAAAUAGGUGGGGGGAAGCAACAACGAAGUUUUGCUGGUUUGAAAUUGUUGUAUUUCUGUGUUUUAAUAGAAGCCUCAAAAACCUGUUUUGAAUGAAAC